ACUCGCUGAGAGCCACUCGUUGCAAUAAAUUGACGGCACUUACCGUUCAGUGGCGAGUGUGUUGGCUGCCUCACUUCCUUUCCUGUCAAAACAAUUGACCAAGAUGAUCGGCAACAAGAUUAUCAAGCCCGGUGGCGCUGAACCAGAUGACUUUGAAAAGUCCAUUGCUCAAGCUCUUUUGGAGCUGGAGGCCAACAGUGACCUGAAACCCUAUUUGAGGGAUUUGCACAUCACUCGUGCACGUGAGAUUGAGUUCGGCAGCAAAAAGGCUGUCAUCAUCUACGUUCCGAUCCCACAACAGAAGACGUUCCAAAAGAUUCAAAUCAUUUUAGUUCGUGAAUUGGAGAAGAAAUUCUCUGGCAAACACGUCGUUGUGAUUGGUGAACGCAAAAUUCUGCCCAAACCAACCCGCAAGGCCAGAAAUCCAUUGAAGCAAAAGCGUCCACGCUCUCGUACUCUUACCGCAGUGUACGACGCAAUUUUGGAAGAUUUGGUCUUCCCCGCAGAAAUCGUCGGCAAGCGCAUCCGCGUUAAACUUGAUGGAGCACAGUUGAUCAAGGUUCAUUUGGACAAGAACCAACAAACAACCAUUGAACACAAAGUUGAUACCUUCACCUCUGUGUACAAGAAGCUCACCGGUCGGGAUGUCACUUUCGAAUUCCCAGAUAACUUCUUGAGUGUUUAAUUUUAUUUUCGAUGGAAAAUAGGGGGAAUGUUAAAAAAAAUUCUUCAAAUAAUACGCUUCCUACAACGUAUUUGGAAGAAAGUAAAUAAUAAAAAAUUUCUAAAUAAAAUUAAAAAUCAAAACA